CAAAACAUUUUAACAUCUUUAACCCAAUUUUUCAUUUCCUUCCCACAGAUUUUAUUUUUCGUGGGAUAAAAUAAAGAAAAUUUUUUCAUUUUAUUUGAUUUUUAUGGGAAAUUAGUUGUAUGGUGUCAGGGUUAAGUGUCGUCUAAUCGUCAAUUCAAUGCAGUGAAUCAAAAAUUGCAAAGAACUAAUUUGCAAAAAAGUUGAAGAAAAAAAAAAGUCAACCAAAAAUUUUUUUUCUUCUCCUCGUCGAAAAGAAAAAAAAAUUCAGAAACAUGUAAAAAUUAUAAAAAAAACAGGCACGAAUAAAAAAUAAAAAGAAGAAAAACACAAAAAAAAAAAAUCUCCACAUAGUAAAAAAUAAAUAAUAAAUUUUAGAUAAAAAAUUGUUCUUUAACAAGAAUCACCAAAAAAAAUAGUUUUUUUGAUUUUUUGUUUCUGGAGUGUGAAAAAAUUUUUGUCGUGAAAAGUGGCUGAGGCAAAUAACAUAGAUCAGGAAAUGGAAGUUCCUAAGAAUCUUCAAGAUUGCUACUUCUUUUACUAUUCGACAUGCAAGAAGGGCAGCUCAUGUUCUUACAGGCACGAACCAAGUUGUCUUGGUCAUGAAGAAGUAUGCAAGUUGUGGCUUGAAAAUAAGUGCUUCAAUCGUCAGUGCACGAUGCGUCACAUGAAAAUACAGAAACCCCGCUCACAGACAAAAUGCUACUGGGAAGAUCAACCACAAGGUUGUAUGAAGCCACAUUGCGUUUUUCAGCACCGCUUGCCACGUCGUGCUGGUACUGGAGGUGGCAGCAACCAAGGACUCCUCCAAUUGCCGAUGGGUGCACCAGGCGGACUCAUUUUAGUUCCAAGAAUCUUGUAAAAGAUUACAUCUUUGUGUUCUCUGAACUUCCACGCGGAAGAAUGGGAGUUACUAAUUUUUUUUAAUUUAUUUUUAACUUCUGCUUUCACAUGAGAAAUAAUUUUAUUGGAAGUAAGGAAAAUUUAUUAUGGCGCGAACAUUUCUUGUGAGCGUAACUUUCUCACUUAGCGCGCUUUUUGAGCUUAGAACAAAAUAAUUUUUUUUUCUUUGACAUUUUUUAACAUUUGUUAAUUGUACUAAUUAUCAUCACAAAAAUACGAAAAAAAUCCCUCUUUUUUG